AUAAAAAAGACUGGUGCAAGAAAAAAAGGGUAACUGGCUCUUGAUUCCUCCAUUUUUCUGAAGUUAUUUAGCCCAGUCCCACUCCAGCCCUACUGUGAACCCAUAAAUCCUGUGUCUCCUUAGGUAAAGGGAGUGUUAGUCAUAGUAAUUCAUAGGGCAUUACCAUAGUUACCAAACAGACUCCAGUGCUCCAGCCUAAACAUUCCAGAAGACGACAGGGAGGAGCUGAGAUGGCCUUCUUCAACUUAUAUCUUUUGGGAUAUCAAAAUUCCUUUCGGGACAAGAAAAGGGACACAACUGAAGAAACAAACCAGAAGGAACUGGCGCCCACUCGGCUUCCCCCUAUUAUCCCAGAAGAUGGGAAUUAUUCUGUGCACCAGAAUAGCCACACAAGGUACCAUGAAGCUGUAAAGAAGGUGUUGUUAAAGGCAUUCCCCAGUCAGGUCUUCAGAGUCCCCUUGACUGAUGCUCAGAACUUCAGCUUCUGGCGGUCCCAUGAUGCAGGCGUGUGCCCGGAGGAAACCAUGCCGUGGAUCCGAAGCCCCCGCCACUGCCUCAUCAAAAGCCCAAUGACCAGGUUCAUGGAUCACUCUGUUCUUAGUGACAGAAACUUCAGUCUAUAUUGAGCAGGAUGUGUUUACAGAAGGGUAAGAUGAACUGUGGAAGCAGAGCAAAGAAAGAGAAAGUGGGAGAAGAUGUCCUGGUU